AUUUUCCCAGCGGCCUUCCAGACUUGCCCUACGUACCGUACGCAAGCGCAGCGUCAACACGUCGCUGCCAAAUCCUCACACUGCUCUCUGGUCACCGAGAGACGAGUGCCAGCACAGCCCGGUGCACCACGCCAGCCCGCCCUCCCGGUUGGACUCAGCCUCUCAGCCGCCCGCCUACCCCGCCCACCUUGCUCUCCCCAUCGGCCCCGCCCUCCCUGCUUGCCCCGCCCUCCCCGCCGUGGCCUCUGCGCGCCCCGCCCCGCGUCUAGCGUCGCCGGCAGCAGAGACCGGGCUUCCCCGGGCCUCAUCAGCGCCCCCUGCAGGCCGCGGCGGGCACGGUAGCCGGAAGAGCCCGAGCUCCUGCCACCGUGUCCGCGUCGCCACCGCCGAGCUCCGCGGGGCCCCGAUUGCAGCCGAACGACCUCGGAGCCGCCCGCCGCGGCCCCGCGUCCUCCGAUCAGAGCCGCCGCGCCUCCCGCCCGGCCUCCGCCCUCCGCUCCCCGCCGGGGCCCGCCCGCACCGGCCUUCACUCUGGAGCGGCCCGGGCAGCCGCAGCAGGGGCGGCGGCGGCGCAUCGAGGAGCUCUCCAGGUCGUCCCGGGAGAAGCUGCUGCAGUCCCGGGACAGGAUGUUCUCCAAGCUCACGUCCAUCCUGCAGCAUGCCGUGGAGGCGCUCGCCCCGUCUCUUCCGUUACAAGAGGAUUUUGUCUAUCACUGGAAGGCGAUUACCCAUUACUACAUAGAGACUUCAGAUGAUAAAGCCCCAGUGACUGACACAAACAUCCCAUCCCACCUGGAACAGAUGUUAGACAUACUGGUCCAAGAAGAAAAUGAGCGGGAAUCUGGAGAGACAGGGCCAUGCAUGGAAUACCUGCUCCAUCACAAGAUCUUGGAAACAUUAUACACCUUAGGGAAAGCCGACUGUCCUCCAGGGAUGAAGCAGCAGGUUUUGGUGUUCUAUACCAAGCUUCUGGGAAGGAUCCGGCAGCCCCUGCUUCCACACAUCAACGUACACAGGCCUGUGCAGAAAUUAAUUCGACUCUGUGGUGAGGUCCUUGCAACACCAACGGAGAAUGAAGAGAUCCAGUUUCUCUGCAUCGUGUGUGCAAAGCUGAAACAGGACCCCUACUUGGUCAACUUUUUCCUAGAGAACAAAUCGAAGUCCCUGGCAUCCAGAGGAGCUCUGAGCGUCAUCUCAGAGGAUGGCCCAAAAGGUCAGGACCCCGGGUCAGGAGACGUCAGCCAGUGCCACCAGCCCCAGGAGUUGUCAGGUGCUACUGGGGUGGAGCACACGGAGUCGGAGGAAGAGCCCCCUCACCAGAUGGAUGACCUGUCUGCAAGUCUGGAUGACCUCAACGUCACCUCACUACCAGAGGCCUCUGCCAUCCGGCCAAACCAGGACUACAACUUAGUGAAUUCUUUGUUAAACCUGACAAGAAGUCCCGAUGGCCGGAUAGCUGUGAAGGCGUGCGAGGGCUUGAUGCUCUUGGUGAGCCUGCCGGAGCCUGCGGCUGCCAAGUGCCUUGCUCAGAGCACCUGCUUGUGUGAGCUGCUGACCGGCAGACUCACCUCCCUAUACAAGGCCCUACCUCAGUCAGUGGACCCCUUAGACAUUGAAACCGUGGAGGCAGUUAACUGGGGGUUAGACUCAUAUAGCCAUAAAGAAGAUGCAUCGGCGUUCCCAGGGAAGCGGGCCUUAAUUUCAUUUCUUUCCUGGUUUGAUUACUGUGAUCAGCUCAUCAAGGAGGCACAAAAGACUGCUGCUGUUGCUCUCGCCAAAGCCAUCCACGAAAGGUUCUUCGUUGGUGUCAUGGAACCCCAGCUGAUGCAGACCUCUGAGAUGGGGAUUCUCACAUCGACGGCCUUGCUGCACCGCAUUGUCCGGCAAGUGACCUCAGACGUCCUGCUUCAGGAAAUGGUGGUCUUCAUCCUCGGAGAACAGAGGGAGCCAGAAACUCUGUCAGAAAUUAGUGGACAUCCUCUAAGACAUAGGUUAAUCGAACAUUGCGAUCACAUAUCUGAUGAGAUCAGCAUAAUGACCCUGCGGAUGUUUGAGCAUCUCCUACAAAAGCCCAACGAGCACAUUUUGUACAACUUGGUCCUAAGAAAUCUCGAAGAAAGAAACUAUACAGAAUACAAACCUUUAUGCCCGGAAGACAAAGACGUGGUAGAGAAUGGGCUGAUAGCAGGAGCCGUAGAUCUGGAGGAAGAUCCAUUAUUUACUGACAUUUCACCAGAUAACACUCUGCCAAACCAAGAGUGGAUCUGUUCACCCCGCACCAGCCCAGACCAUCCCAAAAAUGAUGGCAAGACGGAAGUGCAUAAAGUGGUCAACAGUUUCCUCUGUCUAGUGCCAGAUGAAGCAAAGUCCUCGUACCACGUCGAGGGCACCGGCUAUGACACCUACCUCCGAGACGCUCACAGGCAGUUCCGAGACUACUGUGCUGUCUGCUUACGAUGGGAGUGGCCUGGAGCCCCCAAACCACUGGAGAAGUGUGACUUAGAAGCAGCCUUCUUUGAAGGACAUUUUUUGAAAGUUUUAUUUGACAGAAUGGGAAGAAUUCUUGAUCAGCCGUACGAUGUGAAUCUGCAGGUGACCUCAGUGCUGUCCAGACUCUCCCUGUUCCCUCACCCACACACACACGAGUACCUGCUGGAUCCUUACGUGAACCUGGCCUCUGGCUGCAGGUCUCUCUUCUCUGUGAUUGUCAGGGUUGUUGGCGACCUGAUGGUUCGAAUUCAGCGCAUUCAAGACUUCACCCCCAAGCUUCUCCUGGUCAGAAAGCGGCUGCUUGGCCUGGAGCCCGAAGGCCCCAUUGUUGACCACAUUACGCUGCUGGAAGGUGUAAUUGUGUUAGAGGAGUUCUGCAAGGAGCUGGCAGCCAUUGCCUUUGUUAAGUACCACGCUUCUGCCACUCCGUGAAGGACCCUGGUCACUGGACAUUUCCUCCACUCAGCCACGAGAGGCUAAAAAGCCUUGUAAAUGAAGUAUCGAGUUAACUGCGCAGAAUGUUAAGAAUCCACUGCGUGACUCUCUCAGUGAGACCUGAUGUUGCUUCCACUCGCUCUGCCAUGAUGAUUCCCUGUAUGAUUGCACGUUGUUCAAGCCCAGGAAACAAUCAGACCUGAGGAGAUUGAGUCCCCAGUGACUGAGAAGCUGCGAAGCCUGUGACAUCAGGGAUUGGCUGACAUUUCUGUUCUUUUAAUAUCCUUUUAGGCAGCAAAGCAAUUUGACAUUCUCUGGGACUCGAAUGCUUAUAUUCUUUUGUAUUAAUUAGCAGCAAAAAAAAAAAAUCACUAAUUUUAUAACUUUUUAAGGUUAAGAUUCUUAUCAUACAAAAUAUUUAGGAAAACUAAAUGAGGAAAAAUGUCGCUGAGGAACCAUCAAAAGAGCCUGGAGGAGAAGCUGCGUGCACAGCAGCAUUGACUCCUCCAGCUUUUGUAAGAAUAACACUUUAAUAUGAUAAAGAAAUUCUUAAUAUAUUAUAUAUAUUUUUAAAGAAAUGUUCUUUUACUCUUUUGUGCACACAGUCAUAUUUGUGGUUGAUUUUCAUGCGUGGCUCCCAGUUUAUUUAAAGCUGUCAUUUUUGCAACAGCAUUAGAUUUAUGCUCAUCAUUGGUAGUGUUUGCUAAAACAGUAUUUUUUCAAGCUAAUUAACAGAUGCUGGGUUGAGACCCCCCCUCCAUUUCCUCUCUGAAAUUGCUUUAUGAAAUUGCUUUAUGAUUGACUUCCGUACUGACGUGCGUGGCAGUGUUAGCGGGACCUGGCUGUGGGGCGGCGGUCAGCAUGCAGAGGGCCUCUCAGAGUUCACCGUUCUCUUUAUCAGGUUCAGUCUUUUGUCUUAAGUGAUUCUAAAGAGACUUUGUUUUAAGUCUCUUCAUGUUCAGUUUACACCUUAAAGGAUUUAAGGAAGCAGAGCAUGUGUGUGUGUGUGUGUGUGUGUGUGUGUGUGUGUGCGCGCGCGCGCAUGUGUGUGCAUGUGAGUAAACGUCUCAGUUAGCCAAGGUGCAGGGUACAGCUGCAGGACACACGGACAUCUUGUCCUUUUGUCUGUCUAGUCUUUAGGUGACUGAUGCCAGUCACUCAGCUGUGGUUCUGAAGCUCCUGUCCUCGUCCUUAUUUGAAGUGUGAAGCAGCCCCACUCUUCCUCUUCACCGGCCAUUACAAUGGGGGAGACAAUCAGGAGGCAGUCACCAGCGGGGCUGUACAGCCUCAGCCGCGGACGCGGCAUGGCUCGGAGCUUGUUUGACACUGUGCUCAGCCUGUUUUUCUCGUGUUUCAGAUUCAUUGUAUAGCUCGGUUUUGCUACUUAGGAACAAAAUACCAGAAGAUGAAGAGUAGCCUCAUUUCCAGAAUGUUCAUCAUUGUUAAAACAAAACAACAAAACUACUCUUGUUUCUAACACGAUGGGAAUCUUUCUCUGUUCCUUCAAGAAAUCUGUUAAGACAGACAGUUAAGAGAACCAGAGUGGGAGGCAGCAGUUCCCUGCGUGGCCUUCCUUCCGUGGCUCUGAGCAGCGAGCAGUGGUUCUCUCCGUUGUAUUUAUUGACAAGUUUCUGCAAGAAUCCCCAGAGCUCCUCCAUCUUCAGAUGUUGCUUGGGUGGUGGUGAUUUUGAGAGAAGGCGUCGAGAGGCAUAGGUAUUCUGAGUGCUCUGGCAGUGCUCUGUGGGUACCAGUGAGGCGAGCUCUAGACCAAAUCCCCAUCCUUCGCUUCACAGUUGGACCUAUGGUGCCCACACGAUGAGCUCGGCAAAGCUUUUCCCCUGUGUGUUUGCUGCUUCUGAGGAAAUGCGUUUCCUAAGUUGUCGUAAUGACCUGCAGCCAGCUAGGCUUAGCCUGUUUCUCAUCUAAGUUUAAUUUCUUUUUCAUAUUUAAUUCAGACCCAGGGUCAGCACAAGUCACAGAACUGGGUUUGAGUUGAUUUAAAGAAACCAUGAGCCACACCUAAGAUUUUUCUCACAGUCUCAGAGAUUCCAGGAUUUCCAUAGACUGUGUUGAGUGAAAAAUACCACCUUAGCAAGUGAUUGUCAUGCUGAGUUCCAGACUGAAUUCCAGCCUGCUUUGUGUUUGUAGAAAUAAGAAAUAAGCAUGUACAUUUUUCCCACUUUCUAACCAUGCAGUCUGGUUUAUUUUCAGUAAUGAGCCACUUUUCACUUGACAGAAUCAGAUUUGUCCUCGCCAGUCUCUAUUGUUGUGCUCACAUAAGUAUGUAAUGUUCUCAUAACAUAUCUGUGCAAUAUGAAGCUGUAGAUUCACAGCUUUUGGCCUAACUGUAUAUUAUUGUAUGUACAUGUGUAUAUAUAAAUGUGUGUGUAUAUGUAUAUAUCUAUAUAUCUAUAUAUCUAUAAAAGGACCAAAAUCCUCAUAGCUUGCUUACACUGUUGCUAGUGUAAAGAUUGUUACAUUUAAUUUUACAGGGCACAAAUUAUAGAAUUACUUCAUACUUUUCAUGGUAAUGUCUCCAUAAGUUAUUACAUUACUAUCUAGUUAUUGUUUAAUUAUGAAGUUUACCAUGUAACAGAAGAAGUUACGGUGAAAUGCCAAACCCAUAAACUAUGGUAAUUUUACAUUUUGGGUUGAUCAAUAAAGUAAAAUAUGCACGUCAUCGUAACACUUAGAUAGUCCCCUUCUGCACUGUAAAAUACUGUCACCGAUGCUCUGGUGGCCUCCUGCCUUGUUUACAUUAAACAGAAUAUUUGGCAUAUUUUUCCAUGCGCCAUGUAGGUCACUGGCAGUGCUGUGAAGGUCUGGAUUCCCAGGCCACUGAUGAGGAAGCUCUUCAGGUGACUGUGUGCCCACUGUCCCCUCCGGGCAGGUGGACAUCAGCUUCAGCUCUUGUGCUAACAGUGCAUGCAGGACAAAGAGGGAAAUCAAGAAAAUAAAUCAAUGUAACUUAAA